AUGUCACGAAAACCCGCCGAUGUGGCGUCCAAGGAACGCAACGAGUACAUUCCAUCUUUCAUUUCGAAGAAGCCGUUCUACAUCGACGAGGAGACUGGAAACGAUUACUUGGAGCAUCAACGUCUGCAAAAGACAAGUGCCGAUCAGUCAAAAUGGUAUGACCGCGGAAAGCGCACCGGGCCUGCUGCGACAAAAUACCGAAAAGGCGCAUGCGAAAACUGCGGCGCUAUGACACACAAGACCAAAGAAUGCCUCAGUCGACCGCGAAAACAGGGUGCUCGCUGGACGGGCAAAGACAUUCAGGCAGACGAGCUCGUCCAGGAUGUCAAUAUGGGCUGGGACGCGAAGCGAGACAGAUGGAACGGAUACGACGCCAGCGAGUACCAAAACAUUGUGAACGAGUACGAAGAGAUGGAAGCAAUCAAAAAGGCAGCCAAAGAAGGAGCCGAUCUAAAAAAGCUGAUGGAGGAUGAUGGGGACAACGCCGAUGAAGAUGUUCGCUACACCGAGGAAUCCGACAUGGGCCGCCAACAAAACACAGCUACCCGCAACUUGCGUAUCCGAGAAGAUACCGCUAAAUACCUUUUGAACCUCGAUCUAGAUUCCGCCAAGUACGAUCCGAAGACUCGCCGGAUGGUAGACAUGGGUGCGCAAGAAGAUCAAGCCUCGGCGCUGGUUGCGGAGGAAAACUUCAUCCGUGCUUCUGGUGAUGCUGCCGAAUUUGAGAAGGCUCAGAAAUACGCGUGGGAAUCGCAAGAGAAGGGUUCGACUCCAAUUCAUCUUCAAGCCAACCCAACAAGCGGAGAGUUCCUCCGGAAGAAGGAGAAGGAGGAAUCAGAGAAGAAACGGGAGGCCUCGCGGAAGGCACUUCUGGAGAAAUACGGAGGCAGCGAGCAUCUCCAACAGACCCCGCUGCGGGACACUAUGGUGGUUGAGAACGAGCGUUUUGUGGAGUACGACGAAUCAGGUGCCAUCAAAGGCGCCCCAAAGAAAGCUACCAAAUCGAAAUACCCAGAGGAUGUCAAGAUCAACAAUCACACCUCCGUCUUUGGCAGCUGGUGGUACGAAUUCAAAUGGGGAUAUUCAUGCUGUUUCUCUACAGUCAAGAACAGUUAUUGCACGGGCGAGGACGGUAAGAAGGCCUGGGAAGAGGAGGGCAAUAUGCUCAUGCUACGUGACAAUGAUGGCAAUGAGGAAGAGUCUGCCGAGGGCCCAGAUCACUCUCGUGAGCCUGAACCUGCCAGCGAUCGUCAAAAGGAUGAUGAGACAGCCAAUGUGAAGAAGCGGACACUGGAGGAAAUGAAAUCCGGAAUCACUGAGGAGGAACUGGAGUCCUACAAGCGUAGCCGACUGGCCGCCCAGGAUCCGAUGGCAAACUACGUCGACAACGAGUGA